UUUGUCACUGCACUGAAAGACUUUCAUCUGUAUAUCUCUGAGGGGGAAAACAUUAACUGAGCCACAGAGUGGAGAAUUCCUUCAAAAUGAGACUCUUUCACCUCCUUUGGCUUUUUGUCCUGUGGCUGAACUUGAAUAAAUCUUUCCAGCAGAAUGGUUCCCACCUCUACUGGACUCUAUGGGUACUGCCUCCACCAAUAACAGAGGUUAUAUGCAGCAAUCCACGAGAUAACCUUGUGUAUUACUGGUAUGACAAUUGGAGGCAACCAACAAAAUUGGAUGAGACUGUACGUUAUACGUGUAGGUCAGGCUACAGGAGUACAGAUGGCGCCACACGGGCCACAUGCACCAGAGAGGGGUGGAGACCAAAUCCACUUUGUCAAGAAAUAACAUGCAGCCGACUGGAGAUCGCAAAUGCAAUUCUCAACGAUGACAGGCAGAUAUACAAAAACUAUGAAAAGGUCAAUUAUGUCUGCGAGAAAGGUUAUCGAGGAAGUCCAAAUCGAACCUGUGGGGAAAAUGGUUGGAGAGGCGAUUCACAGUGUACAGCACUGAAAUGCAAAUUGCCAUCAACGCCACUAGGAACCAGGUAUGAACCCCCUUACAGAAAUGUGUUUUCACCUGGUGACACAAUAAGAGUCAUUUGUGGAGAGAAGUACGGGAUUUCUAACCAUCGAGACCCCUCAGCAGUAACUACAUGCGAUGAUGAUGGAGAAUGGACUCUCAGACCAAUAUGCCUAGAGGUUAUAUGCAGCAAUCCACGAGAUAACCUUUUGUAUUACUGGUAUGACAAUUGGAGGCAACCAACAAAAUUGGAUGAGACUGUACGUUAUACGUGUAGGUCAGGCUACAGGAGUACAGAUGGCGCCACACGGGCCACAUGCACCAGAGAGGGGUGGAGACCAAAUCCACUUUGUCAAGAAAUAACAUGCAGCCGACUGGAGAUCGCAAAUGCAAUUCUCAACGAUGACAGGCAGAUAUACAAAAACUAUGAAAAGGUCAAUUAUGUCUGCGAGAAAGGUUAUCGAGGAAGUCCAACUCGAACCUGUGGGGAAAAUGGUUGGACAGGUGAUUCACAGUGUACAGCACUGAAAUGCAAAUUGCCAUCAACGCCACUAGGAACCAGGUAUGAACCCCCUUACAGAAAUGUGUUUUCACCUGGUGACACAAUAAGAGUCAUUUGUGGAGAGAAGUACGGGAUUUCUAACCAUCGAGACCCCUCAGCAGUAACUACAUGCGAUGAUGAUGGAGAAUGGACUCUCAGACCAGUAUGCCUAGAGGUUAUAUGCAGCAAUCCACGAGAUAACCUUGUGUAUUACUGGUAUGACAAUUGGAGGCAACCAACAAAAUUGGAUGAGACUGUACGUUAUACGUGUAGGUCAGGCUACAGGAGUACAGAUGGCGCCACACGGGCCACAUGCACCAGAGAGGGGUGGAGACCAAAUCCACUUUGUCAAGAAAUAACAUGCAGCCGACUGGAGAUCGCAAAUGCAAUUCUCAACGAUGACAGGCAGAUAUACAAAAACUAUGAAAAGGUCAAUUAUGUCUGCGAGAAAGGUUAUCGAGGAAGUCCAACUCGAACCUGUGGGGAAAAUGGUUGGAGAGGCGAUUCACAGUGUACAGAUGAAAAAAAAUGUGGAGAAAUUCCUGUUAUUCCUAAUAGUGAAGUGCCACUUCAAGACAAUGAUUAUCGAGAUGGCGAACGCUUCCAGAUUAAAUGCAAGGAAGGAUACCAUGCUCAGGAUUUCUUAACUUGUCACAAUGGAACAUGGCGUUCAAAUGAACCACUCGAAACAAUAUGUGCACAGCUUGUGGAUUGUGGGACACCACCAGUACUUGCAGAUGGAGACCUCAAGUACACCAUGAAAAGUAAAUAUAGCUAUAACGAAACUGUUGAAUACACGUGUCAGGAGUACUACACCAUGGAGGGAGAGCCUUACAGAACCUGCCUGAAUGGGGAAUGGACCGGACAUAUGAGAUGCCUCAAGCCCUGUGUUUUGAAUGAAGACGACAUCAGACAACAUAAUAUUACUUUAAAAUCAGGUGACAAAAAAUAUUUAUCUCAUGAUGAAAUGAUCGAGUUCAAGUGUGCCAGAGGAAUACCUGCCGGUGCAGUGGCAAUGCGUCAGAGGUGUAAUGGUGGUGUGAUUCUCCUGCCAACUUGCCAGUGAGAGUUUCAGUUAACUGGAAGUUAUUAUUAUGUUUAAUCAUUUGUGAUUUAAAUACAAAUAAAUCAUAUUUAUUUGGUUUUA